UGGAGGAAAGCUGCAGGAGGAUGGGCACUGGGGAUUAUGUGUGCGUAACGCUGCGCGGUGGUGCGCCAUGGGGCUUCAGACUCCGCCAGAGCGUACAAGAGCCUCAACAUCCUCUUCAGGUGUUUGAGAUAGAGGAUGGUAGUCAUGCUGCCCUGGCUGGAUUGUGUGAGAAUGAUGAGUUGGUGUCAGUGAAUGGGAAGCCCUGCUCUAACCUCAGUGUCUCAGAGGUUAUUGAUCUCCUUGAGGCCUCCACUGACUGUCUACAGCUGCAUGUCAAAAGAUGCUGUAGCCAGCCUCAAAAGAACCUUGAAUUAGUUACCACCACUCUACAGAUUCCAUCUCCAUCCAGGCCCCAUAACCCACAGGAACUAUAUAUUUCUGAGUCCCAGGAUGAAGCGUAUUUUGGGGAAACAGACAGUGAUGCUGAAUGUCCUGGGAGGACUAGAUUGGUCCGUACGCAAUUUCAAGUACCUGCUUCUAGGAAUAAAAGCAGACAAAACACCUCUGCCCAGGGAGAUGGAGACACUAGGCUCGAGAUAACCCCAGGAUCUGUGGUGGAACUACAGCUGUCGCUUUCCAAAACCACCCUGGAAGAACCAGAGUGUACUUUCCUAGGCAGUGCUUGUGGAGUUAUCGGAGACACCCAUCAAAGAAAGACGAGCGAGGACUUCAACUAUAGCACCACUGCAUUUUCUCCAGGUUGCCCCCUCUACAUUCCCCGACAAGACCGGAAACCUCUUGGUCAACGGGGUGUGUUGGUCAGCAAACCCCCUGCUUUGCAGAGAGAGGUGGAGGUGACCGUGCAGCAAUUAUCUGGAAGCAGUUCAGGAAAGGAGGUGAUAGAGGCCAGUGACCGGUUGGAUUCUGCUGGAGAAGGAGGGCACUUUGAAGAAGCUCCCACCUCCUCUUCUGUGUCUUUUGGACUUCCCUCAGAGGAGUGGGAUUCUGAAACAGAUAGGGAGGUCAACAAGCCCAACAAGCACCGGGCAAGACACGCCAGGCUCCGGCGGAGUGAGAGCCUUUCGGAGAAGCAGGUGAAGGAGGCGAAGUCCAAAUGCAAGCGAAUUGCUCUCCUGCUUUCUGCACCUGCCCCCAACCCCAAUAACAAGGGGGUGUUGAUGUUCAAGAAGCAUAGACAGAGAGCCAAGAAGUAUACACUUGUAAGCUACGGUACUGGUGAGGACGAGCCUGAUUACAAGGACGAAGACGACAGCGAAAACGACAACCAGGAGGAGCACGCUGUUGAGUUCACUGUAAUUGCCACCAGUGAAACUGAAAUUGAUGAGGACUUCUUCACCAAUAACUCUGGCCAGAAAAGCAUUGUGACUUUUGACUUGGACAGUGGAUUACUUGAGAUAGAGGGCAAGCUUGACAACCAGCCUGAUAUGGAAGCACUGCCCGAUACCAAGGGCAAAGGAGCCCUCAUGUUUGCUCAGUGCCGACAGCACAUGGAUGAGAUAGUAGCUGAACAUGAGGAGUUGAGACAGAAGGGGAUCCCAGUUGAAGGGGCACAGAAGACUGUGACACAUCAGACAUACCAUCAGAUGGAGGAUCGUGGUAAUAUGCAUGCACAAGAGACCCAGAAUUACAUGGAUGUAAAUGUGCACAACAGUGCAGCAGCAGCACAAAAGCAGCAGCAGUACCAUCAAUUACAAGAACAAUACUAUCAACAACAACAGCAGCAGUAUCAAGACUACCAGCAACAAAUACAAUAUCAGCAACAUCAACAACAACAGUAUCAACAGCAGCAAGACUACCAGCAACAAAACAUGUAUCAGCAUAUGCAAUCAUACAAUCAGCAGCAACACUUCCAACAACAGCAAAUGCAGCAGUACUCACAACAUAUGAAUGGGAUGCUCAAUCAGCAAAUCAAUGAAAUGCAGCCAUCAGUCACAAACAGGAGUGCCAAGCCAUUCUCAGUUCAAAAUAGAGCGGCCGCUCCAUUUUCCUCCUCAACAGUUGCAGAGAUUCAAGAACAAUCUGGGUAUUCACUGGGACAAGGUGAACAGAUUGCAUCCCGUGAUGAGCGUAUAUUUGUGCCUGCUAUCAAGACUGGUAUCUUGCAAGAUACAAGGAGGAGGAAUGCCAAUAAACCUAUGUUCACUUUCAAAGAGUCUCCAAAAGUGUCCCCCAAUCCUGCGCUGUUGAAUCUCCUCAACAAGAAUGAUAAAAAGGCAGGUCUUGAGUCUGGCCCAGAUGAAGAUUAUCUAAGCUUAGGAGCUGAAGCAUGCAACUUUCUUCAGUCUCCAAAGAUAAAGCACAAAAUUCCACCACCCGUUGCUCCUAAACCUCAUAUAAACCCAGACUCUCCUCCAUGGUCUGUUCAACCUGAAACUACUGGUCAGCUGAUCCCACAGCAAACGGAAAACAAUGGCCCAGCACCUGCUGAAGCUCCAGCCACCAAGGCUGAUGCCGCCACUGCCCCUGUCCCUGAAAUGUUUGCCCCAACCAUGUCUGAGCAAGAACCUACACCUACAUUUGCACCUGAAUCCCAGGAUGUUUCUCUCUGUGUGGAACAAUCUGCUCCAGAUAAUGCAUGGAAACGACCAGCAUCUCCAGUGGAAACAAACCAGCAACCAGAGAACUGGAACGAGAAACAACCACAGCCGGAAUUGAAUUCAGCUCAUCCUGCUGCACCUCCUCCUGCCAAUGUGCAGUCAGAUCCAUCUACCAGAAUAUGGGAACAUGCUACAACUCAUGGUCAUCAGCAGCCACCAAUAAGUGCCUGGGAUCAAACUGAGAUGGAACCACAAGUCCCAUCUCAAAACCAAUCUCAAAUACAACCAGCAUGGAUGUCACAUGCUCAAAAACCUUCCGGAGUAAAAUUGCAAGCACCUACUGAAACACAACCCCAUCCUACUUGGGUGACACAGACUCAAACUUCACUCCCAGACAAACAUCAACCACAGCCUCAAACCCAGCCCCAAUCUCAUAUGAAUUCUUGGACACCCGGUCCAAAUCAGUCAACACUACAACCCCCCUGGUCUCAGCCGCAUGAGCCAGCACAACCACCUAUCAGUGUCUGGCAAAAUCAAGCUCAGAAACAGCCAACCUGGGCCCAACAACAACAGUUCCAAGAAUCUCACGUAAUGCCACCUUGGGCAUCACCCCACCAACAACAACCCCAAACUCCUUGGGCCCAGCCUGAGAGCCAGCACCCACAGCCCCAACCACCUUUGGUUUCUCAGCCAAAACAACAAACAUCAACACAGCCACCUGCAAAUGCAUGGACCCAGCCACAGAGUACAGUUCAAGUGCAGCCUCCAUGGACUCAACAGACUCAACCUCCACCACAGCCCUCAGCACCAAUGGAGCGACCCAUGAAUUCUUGGGCACCAAUGCCAGUCCAGUCCCAACCACAGCCACCAUGGGCACAACAGCCUGCUUCUCCACAGCAUCCUCAACAAAUUAACUCUUUUACACCUGAGCAGAAUCAAAUUCAGCCAUCCUGGGUGCAGCCACAGCCACAAAAUCAGCCUCAGGUGCAACCUCCAUGGCAACCUCAGCAGCAACCUCAGCAGCAUACAACACAGCCACCUGUGAGCCAGUGGGCAUCACUGCAAUCUCAGUCUCUGCCAGGUGUAAAUGCAUGGGCACCCCAACACCUGCAAAGUUCAGUUAGAUUUACGGCCCAAACUGAAACCCAGAAGUUCUCUCCCCAGCCAAUCAAGACAUUGAGCCCUCCUCAGCCAACUCAGCCUGCUCCUCCAAGACGAAUGAACUCGUAUACAACAAAGGCAUCGUCCCCUACUCCACCAAGUAGUACUAUGUCUGGUUUUGGUUCAGCUUUCGAGAUGCCUGCCUUGAGAGGGAAAGGAGCUGAACUGUUUGCCAAGAGGCAAUCUAGGAUGGAGAAGUACAUUGUAGAUUCAAACACAGUACAGGCAAAUAAGGUACUUAGGAGCUCAUCCUUGUCACCACCCGUUAGACUUUUAUCAGUGGGCUUUACAACCAGGUCUGUUUCAUCGUCUCCAUCUCCUAGACCUGGACCACAUGUUGUUUCCAUUCGACCACCAGUCGGGCAGACCGGUCGGCUGGACAGGUGUCACAAGCCCCUCACCCCCUGGGAAGCUGCCUCACGCCACCCACUUGGCCUGGUGGAUGCGGCCUUUGCAUUCCUGGACCUCCCGCAGUCUAUUGAAUCCAACCUGCAUUAUGCAGAACAGAGUAAGCUUUUACUUAAACCCCCUGCAGAGUGGAAGGCAAAGGUUGCACAUGAACCUAAGAACCUAAAAGAGAGUUUGAGUCAGUUACCCUUGUCGUUUCUGUCACCAACCAAAAGCACAGCAUCUGCACCAGCUGGUCCCAUACUGUAUCAGUCACCAUUCAGGCAUUGCCAAUCCCAGAGGUCACUGACAGAGGUUAAUCUGAGGCCCUCACAGGGUGCUCAGAAGGACAUGGGGCCUCACAGACUGGGACUCUAUAAAGCCAAAGAUAGCAGCACAUGAAGACGUUAAAUCUGAACCAGGAAAUCGUUUCUUUAAAUGAGAAUGUUUUUUUUGUUUUGUUUUUUGUUUUUUUAGAAAGUAUGAGUAACUUCAAAUGGUUUCUUAAAGGGUUAGUUCCCCUCAAAAAUGAAAAUUCUGUCAUAUACUCAUGCUCAUGUUAUUCCAAACCAGGGACUAUAUACGGUUCAAGGAACGAAAAAGAAAACAUAAAAUGAAUGAAAUGUUUAGCAGAAUGUAAUUGAAAACCGGAAACAAAGAUAUUUUCAAUUGUUCCGGAGUGAAAACUUUAUUUUUAAAUGCUUGUGACCGGUUAUAACCGGUUAAUUUUGUUUUGAUAAUUUUUUAAUAAAAACUAAAGGCCAAAGUGUUUAUCACAGUAAAUUUUUGGAACUACACCAGUUCAUUUUGCCUGAAGAAAAAAUAGCCAUUUGUGGAUAUUGCAUUCUCUGAAUGAAGACCUUUCUAACAACUAUGUAUAAUCACUACAUAUACAUGCACAGCUAAUCUAGAUAGAAGGAAAACAUUAUUAGAGGUAAAAAGUACAUUUCUCAGUUGUUUCCAAGUCUUCACUGAAUUAUUGUUAGAUGUGGUGCAUUAAUACAGAUUUGAUGCUGCUGGGUUUUGACACAGAAGCAGAUCUGUAAUUAAAAUUAUACUUAACGUAAAUUAACUACUUCUUAUGAUUUCUAUGCCAAUAAAUUUCACCACACAGGAAGAAAAUAAUUUUCGCUUAUUUCGUGAGGCAAGUGGCUUUUUUGGGGCUUGUUUUUCCAGACCAUGUUGCUUGUUACUCUUGCGAGAUCUUGCAACAUUGCAAUUGGUAUUUCACCCACCCCUUAGCACAGAGUAUUGUCAUUUUUAAAAGAACAUUAUUAACCAUUUUUAGUUUUGUUCUAGCCAGUAACCUUUUGGAAAGGAGGCUGCAGAACUUCUGAACCGGAAUGAAAAAAGUACUGUUUUUGCUCAGAACAAACCGAAAUGAAAAACAUUUCAUUUUUAGUCCCUGUUCCAAACCCAUAUCAUUGUCUGUUCUCUGUGAAACACAAAAGAUGUUAGUCAGAAUGUGAGGGAUUUACAGGAUCUGUCACCAUUCACUUCUUUUUUUAAUUUCCAUUUUAUUCAUUUAGCACACACAUUUAUCCAAUGCAACUUACAAAUGAGGAAUACAGCAAAAGCGAUUUGGCCUAAGGAGGCAAUAAUAUGAAAAGUGCUGCAAUACAAAGUUUUAAAUUGCUCAGAUAAGUACAAGUAGGGAGGAAGGUGAGAGACAGUGGUGAAAGAGUGUUUUUUUUUUAUUAUUUAUUUAUUUUUUAAAAGAAACAUCUAGAUAUUUUUUGAAAGUAGGGAAUUGGCUUGGAUGGAAAGUCAUUCCACUAGCGAGGAAUGGUGGAAGUGAAAGUCCGAAAAGGCAGUUUUGUGCCUCUGUGAGAUGGCACCAUGAGGCACUGUUCACUCUUGGAUCCAACAUGAUCACAAGGGAGGUCAGCAUGUUGUUUCCGAUUGUUCCAGUACCCUAGGAUCAGUCACAUUAUGCCGACACACUGACAAGCAGCAUUUCCUAACAGAUAUAUUUUCAUCAGCUCCAGUGUGUUUACCUUGCCCUGUGACGCAAUCGGAAGCACUUCAUGUCAGCAGCGUGGGAGACUUGGGUUAAGAUACCGUGUUGAAACCAGGAUGUAAUUGUGUUCGCAUAAUCGAUGACAAGCAUGAAUUGGAGGUUGCAUUUUUUCCUCUUACAAUACAUUUUUACUCCACCUAUGGUUAGGUUUGGGAUUUGGGUUGGGGGGGGGGGGGUCAGUUUAUAAAAAUAUGCAGUCCUCUUCACUGUAUUACAUCCUGUAUAGCUGAAAACAACUCACUUCACAACUUGCUUUUGGCACCCCUCCGUGGACAUUUCACACGGAAAAUGAAGCUCAUGUGUGCUCAUACGCCCAACAACACUUACUGCUUUGGCCACUGGGAGCUGUGUUUUGAAUUUUGGUAAGCACAAAAAAAGUUAACCUACCAUUUCCGAUUUCACUGUGUGAUCAGUCUGUCCGAUUGUAAGCUUCUGGAGGGCACAUAGACUUAAAUGAUAGUAAAUUGGAUCAAUUGCAGAGAUUUGACUACAUGCAGGAAGUUCUGCCAGAAUAGCAUUGCAAUAGUCCAGUCUAGAUAUGAGAAGAGCUUGGACAAGAAGUUGUGUAGCAUGCUCAGAUAGGAAAGGUCUGAUCUUCCAAAUGUUGUACAGUGCAAAUCUGCAUAAUUGGGCUGUCUUUGCUAUGCCCUUUUCCAUAAACUGUAAGUAAAUGGUGAGUAAGACUAACAUUCUGCCCAACAUCUCCUAUUCCACAGUGGAACAAAAGUCAUAUGGGUUUCCAACAACAUGAGGGUGAAUAAAUGAUGACAGACAGUAAAGGAUUUUCAAUUUUAGGAGAACUAUCCCUUCAAGCUAAAAUUAUUUUGACGAAGUCAGAUAAUGGUAAGCAUAAAGAUAAAGAUAAGCAGACUGAAAUAGUUGCCAUGUUGCAAAACAAGGGUCCAUGAAAAGUCAGAAAAAAUAAUUUCAAGAUUAAAUCAGAGAGUUAGUACUGGGUUUCGUAACUUACAACAAUCACUCAUUUUGAUUUAUAAAUAUAUGCAUCACAAUUUCAGUUUUUAGUGUUGUGCUAAUGAAAAGGGCAAAAUGAUGCAUGACAGUAAACAUAUGCUAAAGAAAUAACACAUCAUAGACAUUCAUAGUACAUUAUGCAAGCAAAAUAGCAUCUUUUUGAAUUACAAUUUUCAGACAUUUCACCAAGGUCUCCAUUUAAUUAGCUCGUUAUCACUGUGAAUUUAAAUAAAAUAAUUUGGAUAUUUAGGUUUGUUGUGAUAACAUAUAGAAAUGUAUUUAUCACAUUCUUUUCUCAUUAUAUUAGAGAGAGAGAAAUGAGUUUGUGUGAUAAAAGCUCUGAAUGAGUAAUAGCCAUGUAUUUGUUCAAUAAGCUUCACUUUAAAAGAUUAAUACAUUCUGUAGUGACCCAGCCUGACCCUUAGUUUACAUCAUGCCCUGUUGAUUCAGACUCAGACUGAAUUAAGUUCACUCAGAUUCACUUAAAACAAGAUGUUCUAUUUGCUAAUAAAUGCAAGAAACUGUAAUUAACAUUACUAAAUUUUUUUUUUUUUUUGCUGUGAUGACAGUCACAAAUGAAAUUAUUGAAUUUGUCUGUGUGAAUGAUACUGUAAUUUUGCACACAUCAGGGUUCACUUACAGUAUGUGAUUGUGUUACACAAAGAUGCAUGCUCUAAAUGCACAGUUUGCUUAUCAGUAGCUAGUCUGUGAUUUCUGAGUAAGGUGUUUGCUUAUACUUUUUUCUUCUGUGACAGAAUAUUUCUGCAUUAAGCAUCCUCGUCAAAUAUUAUUUAAAAAGUUGAUCUGGAUACUAAAGGAUAUUUGUUGACUUGAUUUGUCAUCAGGUGUAUUGUAUGAUACAAGCAAAAGGUUUGAUUAAAAUUCGAUUUUUUUAUCAAAUAUUUCAGUAUUACAACAAGUAGCGUAAAACUUGUUUGAAUUACCUUUUUUUUAUUCUACAGCUCCAAUCUCUGUGUGUGACUGGCACAAAACCAUGCUUUUCAUGCUUCUAUUAAAAUAACAUGUUUAAAAAUC